UUAGGCGUUAUCUCCCUUUUUAUCUCGAACGUUAGUUGUUGGCGAUGUGAAAUGCCGCUUUUCCCGAUAUUAGACCAACCUAAAGAAAAUGAACAAUCACAGCAGUUAUUCCCGGGUGCUGAUGUACAGACAGAUACUGGAGAUGACCAUGUUACUCCAGGAGGUUUUGAUUGGUUAAGUAACAAAAGCUACCAGUCAGAACCUACAUCACAGACAGUAACACAGACACCAGAUUCCCCUGUACAGACAAUUGCUCCACCAGAGGUUUCCUUUGACAGUCCGGAACACUCACCUUUUGGUCACACUGGAUCUAAGAGACAGAAAGAAGACAAAGCUAGAAGUGGUGCGAGCGACGAAGAUGAUGAGAAAGAUUCGGUUGUCAAAAAGCACAGGAAGAAAGUUAAGAAAGAAAAGCAUAAACACAAGUCUAAGAAACACAAACACCGGAGGUCAAGGUCAAGGAGUCCAGCCGCUGUGUACAGCAAGGUCACCGAAAAACAAUCAAAGGUAUUCCAGCACGGAGACAAAGUGUUUAUUGACGAGAUCCCUGGAAUGGAGGCAGAGGAUGCUUACAGGAUCGACAGAAAACCCAAUCAAAACAACUACAUCUAUGGAUCGGUGGUGGAUAGGCAUGUUGCUAAGUUCAGAAGACAUAUAGAUAUUUGUUUGGCUGCAGAGGACCAGCCCACCGUGUCACUUAGGGUGGCCAAGGAUCAAGGGAGGCAAGCCAAAACACAUAACAGGUACUACAAUAGAGAAAACCGAAAAAUAUUACGAUCAGCCCCGCAGGGGGUUCUACUGACCAACAAGGAAAAUUGGAGUGGUGCAGAUGGGGCAAAGGAAUUCAUACCUGUGAACAAGAUCAACCCUGCAGGCAAGAACCAAGAGGACAAUCUACUGAGAGGUGAUGUGCGCGACCAGUUGAUGGACGUAAAGUCUAUGGCAUACGUACAAGGUGCUGGGGUGGUUCCACCAGAACAGGAGGACAACCCCAUACAAAAAUCAUAUUUGUGGCAAAAGAAUGCAGACUACAAUAGGCGUCUGAGGGAAAAUCCGAAGGAUGUCAGUCUUUGGUUGGAGUUUGUUAAUUUCCAAGACAGAUUUUUAUAUGAGGACAUAUCUGACGAGAGUCACUCUGGUAGCAUUAAUGUGAAGAAACUCCCAAAACAGGUUAUUCACGAGAAAAAGGUGAUGAUCCUUCAGAAGGCUAUGGAGAUGAAUUCAUCUUGUGUAUCUCUUAAGCUGAGAUACCUGGAGCUUUGCCAGAACAGUCUGGAGGUGGCCGAGGUGAACAAAGAGUUUGAAAGCCUGUUAUUUGUGUACCCUACAGACACUGCCCUGUGGAGGAGGUACCUGCUGUACAAUCAGUCUCACCUCGCCACCUUCUCUGUCACACGCGUGUGUAAACUCUACACCACCUGUAUACAGAAACUGAUUGGCUAUCAGGAGGGUUCAGUGAUCUCCCGGGGGUCCACAGAAGGGCUCGACAGGGACAUGCUAGAUCUGUUUGUGCAGUUUUGCUGUUUCCUGAGACAAACCGGCCACAUGGAGAAGGCUGUAGGUUGUUUCCAGGCCCUGAUAGAGUUCAACCUUUUCUGCCCUCCAUCACUGGAGAGUUCUCGUCACCAGGACAAGCAGAAUGUGUUUGAGAGUUUCUGGGACAGUGGUAUAAGCAGGGUAGGAGAGAACAACGCCAAAGGCUGGAGAUACUGGUCAGAGCACCCUGAAGAUGUACAUACAUCAGCGUCUGUGACUCUAGAUACAGAUAUACAACAAGAAGAACAAGAACUACUUGCCCUGAAGGAUCCAAAAUGGAGGAUGUGGCUGAACUUGGAACUGCUGCGCGAGUCUGUCCACUUGUUGCCUUGGAGACCUGAUGUGUCUAAGGACGAGACAGAAGAGGAUUGCCAGGAUAUGGAACGCCUUGUUUUGUUUGACGAUAUUUCUGGUGUGUUAUUUACAUUACCAAAAUGGCUCCAGUUUGAAGCCGCUCUGCAGUUUUUUUUGUUUCUUGGUGUUGACACAUCAAGUGGCUUCAUGUUAACCUCUGUGAGUUCCGUGGACCAUCAGUGCAAUUUAGAUAGGGUAUCACAGAUCUUCGACAAGGACCUGAUUCCCCAGUGUCAUGGAAACAUCAAGGUGACCUCUCUAGUCAAAACCUACAUCAACUCCCUGUUAGAACAGAUGAUCACAUAUUUUGAUGAUGAUGUGAGUUCUCAUACCCUUCUCACAGCAAUGAGAUUACGAUUCUUUAAACAAUGCAUAGGAGACAGCUCUAAUGGUCUAAAACAACUUAAGAAGUUUGGUAAGUCUAUGUUAAAGGAGGCGAGAAACAGGAGUAACUUGUAUGUAUGGAGUGAAUACACAACCUUGUUGUGGACAGUUGGAGGACCAUUGGAGGCUCGUCCUGUGGUGGAGACAGCCUUGUCAAUGCACAGUGGAUCAGGACUAUCUGUGGACGUGGACCCGGGGACACGAUGUGGACUUGUACGACUACACAGGAUUUUGGCAGAAAUUGUUCUGAAAUUUCCAUCGCGAGAGUUACCAGUAUGUGGGGAAAGGAUCCUGGACAAAGAAUCUGACAAAUCUAAAAUUGAGGCUCGCUGGGGCCUUCAAUGUCUUGUGAAAGGAAAAAACAUCAAAGAUCCUCAUCCGUUUGAGAAUCCAUUGAUCUGUUCUUGGACCAUGAAGAAAAUGAUGGCAGUGUUUGAUAGUUAUGUUGAGAACCUGAAGAGCGACGUAUGUGGGAAUAGUGGCAAGUGUGUGUUGACCUUGCAGGUCUUCUGUGAGUUCACCAGGUGUUGUGUAUUAUAUGCGUGGCUAACACAAGCAGACCUGUUGAGGGAAAGCAUAACAAUAGUGGACCGGGCAUUGUCCCAAGUGCAACUUCUCCUUCCGAACUGCCAAUCCCCCUUCCCAGAUAGCGAGCAGCCUCGCUGUGAACCGCAAACAUCCAACUGUUUACGAGUCCUGGAGGAACUGCACAAAAUAAAGAUCCGAAUGGUUGUGUGUCACAUGUCCUCAUUGUCUGCCCCUCUCAACUGUCUGCGCUCUGCCAUAAAUGCUGCUCUGAGUGACUUCCCUUGCAAUUCUCACUUCCUGUGGCUGUUUACUCAGACGGAAUUGAAGAUGAAUGUUUCUGGCCGGCUUAAUCGUUUCUUUAGUCAUCGUCUGAAGGAGGGAGCUCAACCCGUUCUCCUGUUAAUGGCUGUGUUGUCUCAGGUCAAGAAACUUCGGGACGUGGAGGAGCAGCUGAGGAAGGACAAUACCCGGAAACAGGGAGAAGAUGGUGAGGUGUUGAUUCCAGAAACAAGUAUGAUCCAUCGCAUCAGGACCUACUGUGAUGUCGGCAAGGACAGUGUUCUCGCCCAGAACUGUCCUCUCUUCUGGCGCCUGUGUCUUUAUACCGAGAUGAAGUACGGAAAGAGGGAGCGAGCGAAGGGGAUGUUUUAUCAGGCCCUUCAGCAUUGCCCCUGGGCCAAGGUGCUCUACCUAGAUGGCGUGUCGAUGUUUGGGGAAGAAAAUCUGGACAGUGUCACAGACCUCCUGAUGGAGAAGGAACUUCGGCUCCAAAUACCACUGGAAGAGGUGGACAUCUUGUUGGAAUAGGCACAACUCUAAGAAGAAGUGGAGUUGUAGAGAACAGAACAAGGGAAGGGUGAAUGUCUUGUUUGUAUAAGGACAAUAAAAAACAAGACAUCUAAUUGGAAUAGGGACAACUCCAAGUAGAAGUGGACUUAUUGUAGACAACGGGACACAGGAGGGAUGAAUGUCUUGUUGGUAUAAGGACAAGAGUGAAAAUGGACGACAUUUUGGAUAGUGGUAAGAGGGUUGGACGAGACAUCAAGAAGAACCCUUACCC